AUGAAAUACAUUUUCAUUGGUCUUGCUUUGCUCUUUGUUUUAACCGAUGCCGCUUAUAAAUCCUCAAAUGGACCAAUGAAAACUAAAAAAUACAAGUGUAUUGAAGUUUCAGACGAUGAAGAGAUCAUUGUAGUUCCAAAAAAGGUAAUUUUUUAAUAUAUUAAUUACAAUUUUUUAUGAUGAAUAUUAUUUAGAAGUCUCCAGCCUCGAAAUAUCCAUGGAAAGCUGAAGAAGAAAAAGUUUCACGUAGAAAUGAGGGAAGAUCAGCUGAAAGCAUCGAAAUGCCACUCGCCAAGAAGGUUGGUUUUUUUGAAAUUGAGAAAAAACCUAACAAAUUGUUUUCCAGAAUCUUAAAUUGAACACCCAAAGAAUUGUGCCAAGUGCUGAAGUUGUUAGUGUUACCGAGCCAACUGUUUCGGAUGUUCAAAGAGAUUCAAAAGGAAGACCAUUGAUCUUGUCACCAGAACAUUGUAAACAGGUAAAUUUCAAAUUAGAGUAUUCCUUACUUCAAUUAAAAAAUAAUUUCAGGUUGAACAUUAUUCAAAGAUGUACGGAGUGAAAGAUGUUUUGAAAUGGGUUCGAGGAAAUUGCUCAUUCGCAAAAAUGUAUGUUCCAGGAGCAACUUGCGAGGAAAUAAAUAUUCUUGUUGGCUCAUGCUACAAAAAGAAUUAA